AUGUUAGUUGAUUCUCCAGCUCUAAAACGGAGGAGAUUCGCCGAUCAACUUGCUAUGGAAAAGCGUGUUGCUGCAAAGAAAACUUAUGGUCGGGAAAUCCGUGUAUUCGAGACAACAACAGCAACAAUCUCUCAAACAUCAAAUGAUGUCUCUGGCAGUGAGGAACCAGAUGACCUGGAAUUCACCACUGCAGAUUAUUAUCGCAUCUUGGCUACAAAAAAAGAAGAUACUAUACCUCCCAAGAAGCAAAUAAAGAACAUGUCUCAAGAUUUCUAUUCUGCUGGUUUUGCUCCUGGUGAUGAUAAUACUGUUGCACAAAGCCCAUUUCUUAAAGAGGAUGUCAUGGCUUUAAAAGAUCUAGACGGCCUUAUACCCGAGCCUGUUGUGAUGGCUGCUGCUCCAGUACAGAAGCCAGCUGGCGAGAAGAAAAUGGUGAAGCCAAAAUGGUUGAAAAUGUGA